CUUAUUGGUCGCUAGCUUAUUGUUCGCUAGCUUGACUUUAGUUCACGCGACAAGAUCACUGAGUCUGAAGAUAAACUAAAGAUGUACUUGAUUAAGGUUCUGCUCACAGCGGCUCUUGUUGGUAUUGUUGGAUGUGAAGAUGUUAAGCAUGUGCACUUGGUGUUUAUGAAUCACUUGGAUGUUGGAUAUGAUGGCUUACUUCCAGAAGAACUUGGAUUUGUGAACAAUGUUAUAAAUAAGUAUUUUACCGAAUACUAUUCUCGCUCAAUCAACACCUCGGCCACACUGAGAGAACUUGGUUACUAUGAGAAACAGGUGUACACCACUCACCCGUGGCUGGUGUGGCUGUAUCUACACUGCCCCCCUGAUCUGGUUUUAUCAGGAAUCAAAUUACAGUGCCCUAAUGAGAUGGAAAAGGCAGAGUUUAUAGCAGCAGCUAGACAAGGGGACAUAACCUGGCAUGCAGGCCCCAUGAACAUGUAUAUGGAGACCAUGGACCCCAUGAUGGUGAGGUUUGGUGUACAGCUAAGUAUAGACUUAGACAAGGAGCUGGGAAUUAAGAGGAAGCAUCGGACCCUCAGUCAGCGAGAUGUACCAGCCAUGACUCAGGCGAUACUGCCGAUCCUGACUGAUCUCGGUGUGGAGGCAAUCAGUGUAGGCGUAAACACCGUAACGGCCCCGCCAGCAGUUCCUCCCAUCUUCAACUGGAAGUUCAAAAACAGUUCCGUCAUUGGAAUCUGGCACCCAGGGGGUUACCCAGACAACCCAGGCCCUAUGCCAGCAAAGCCUUACGGUCUGUCCAAGAAGGACUGUGCCACAUUCCCAGGGUUGGAUCACGCUCUCUGUUUUGCAUUUAGAACCGAUAAUUCUGGGCCACCUAUGGAUUAUAAAGAGGUACUGGGGUAUUAUGAAAUAGCUAGAUCCCAGUUCCCUGGAGCUGAUGUUCAGUCUUCGUCUCUGGAGGAUUUUGUUCAGGCUUUACAACCGUACAAAUCGAAACUGCCCGUUAUAACUAAGGAAUUUGGAGAUACCUGGAUCCAGGGCUCGGCAUCAGAUCCGCGGAAAGUGGCGGAAAUGAGGGCAGUAUUCAGGGCCAGGACCAAAUGUCUACAGGAUGACUCAGGUUGCUCGUUGUCAGAUCCUCGAGUUUACAAUGCCAGCGUUUUCUUCCUGAAACACGGAGAACACACGUGGGGAUUGAGCAGUGUUUUCGACAGUCACCACUGGAGCAAUGAUGCGUUCUACCCAAUCAUGGAUAAUCUUUCCUUUGGUUUUGUGAAUGGUACGUUGUCUUGGCAAGAGCAGAGAAAUUUUACAAACCUUGGACUGGAUGCACUGGGAAAUCAUACUCUGGUUAAAGACAUUGUUUACCAGUUGAAUCAGAUUCAGGCUAAACAACCAGACAUGUCAGGGUACGACAACAUCGGCACACCCUCAGAGAUCCAGAAAUGUUCCAGCGGAUUUGAGUUUGGAUUUGACAAACAGGGGUCUCUGAUACAUUUGAAAGACCCUACAAGUCAGGCAGUAUGGGCAGACAACACCCACCCGCUAGGAAAAUUUGUGUACCAGACUUUAAAUCAGACGGACUUUGAUUUCUUCAAUAAACACUACCCAUACUCGCCACGCUUUCAGUUAGGUAUAGGAAAACCCAACAUUUCAGAAUCGAAUGCCACCAGUGGCUACUGGGAUGCAACCAUGAUGGAUUUGUUUAAAAGUAAAGAGGGAUGCAGCUUUAUUGUCCAUCUCCAAAUGUCAGAUUCAAUAAGUAUGUCCAAGUAUGGUGCUCCAACUGUGAUAUACAUUAAAUAUACUGGUGUGGCAGUGUCCAAACAAAUCUCCAGUAUAGAUGUAGAGGUUCAGUGGUUUCAGAAACCUCCAACAAGGAUGCCGGAGUCGAUUUAUUUUAUGUUCCGACCCAUCAGCAAUCCCAAACUGACCUGGAAACUCCAUAAAGUAGGACAGUUUAUUGAUCCACUCAACGUCAUUCUCAAUGGAAGCCAGAUUCUUCACGCUGUAGACAAGGGUGUAUAUUACACAGACAGUAGAAACCAGGGAUUGUCCAUUGAGUCACCAGAUGUCGCUGUAGUGAAUGUGCUGACACCUGGCAGCAGACCAAGCGUAAUUCCUCUUCCAUUAAAGCCUAUCAGUGCGGUAGAUGGAAUGGCUUUCAAUUUGUACAACAAUGUUUGGGAUGUAAACUUCAUUUUCUGGUACCCAUUUGAGAAGAGAGACAGCAACCAAAAGUUUCGCUUUAAACUCAAUUUAUCACCUGCUUAACAUUGAAAAUGCCAUAGUUGUGUACGAGAUAUCUGUGAUAUUUACAUGUUUUGUGUAUGCACAUUUACAUGUUUAUGUUUGCACAAGUACAUGUAUGUAGUCGAAUAAUCAAAUAUUACAUUUUCUAAGAGGCAUUACUUAAGACU